AAAAUGUACUGGAGAAGAAAAUUUUUAAAGAGAAUAAAGAAAGCAUAGAAGAGAGAAAAGAACAAUGUGCUUCUGCUUUUUCUAUAGACUCUCUGAUGGUAGAAAUGCCAUUUGUCAACAUAGAUAUUGAAGAUGAAUUUGCCAUACGUUCAACCUCUGAAGUAAAUAUAAAAAAGAAAAGAAAGAGGACUACUGGAAGAGAAAAUGAAGAAGAUAGUGAGAGAAAGAAGAAAAAGAAAAAACAAUCUCAGCCAAAUUAUUUCAUUUCUAUUCCAAUUACUAAUCCAGAGAUUACUAGCGGUGUUCAGGCUGUCCAAGACACAGUAAUACAAAAGGAUCACAGGCUUUCCAAAGCAAUGGUUCACUGUGGGUCGUUGCAUGUCACACUGUUGGUGAUGCAUUUAUCCAGUAAAGAAGAAGUUAGCACAGCAGUUGGUGCUCUUUCAGACAGCAAAGACUUGGUAGAAGAUCUCCUAAAAGGAAAAACUGUGGAUUUGUCUUUUCAAGGAAUUGAUCACUUCAAAAAUGAAGUUGGAUUUGUGAAGUUGGCAGAAAGUGAUCAUACGGCUAUACUUAUGGAAAUAGCAGAGACUAUAAAGACAAUAUUUCAAGAAAAGGGCAUCUUGGCAGGAGAAGACAGAGCUUUUAAACCCCAUCUGACCUUCAUGAAGCUGUCCAAAUCACCAAAGCUACGUAAGCAGGUGAAAAAAAUUGAUCCAAGCCUGUAUGAAAAAUUUAAAAGCCAUUAUUUUGGAGAUGAAAUUCUGCACCGCCUAGAUCUUUGCUCCAUGCUGAAAAAAAAGCAACCCAAUGGUUACUACUACUGUGAGUCCUCUGUCAUUCUUGGUGAAAAACAUGCAGCAGAGCCAGAUGAUGCAGAGCUGGUGAGUCUCAGCAAAAGGCUGGUGGAGAAUGCAGUGCUCAAGGCUGUACAGCAAUAUUUAGAAGAAACUCAAAACAAAAGCAAACAGACUGAUGGAAGCCCUGUGAAAACAGAAGAAGCAGCUAGUGGCAGUAAGAGUGAAAAUGAAAAUGAUAACAGCAAGUGAACACUCUGCAAAAGCCCAGGAGCAAAUAGCCUACCAAAAAUAACUACAAAAACAUGUUCCAGCUCCCUCCUGCAAUUUGCUAAGUGGUGCUGGCUGACAGGCAUUCUGCUUUGUGAGUGUCUUAUCAAAAGUUUGUUCUGAACCGAAGGACACUGCCAACCGCUUUGAUUAAGGGUUUGCAUUGCUGAAAAUCUGUUGAAUACUGGGAGAGACGAACAAUGGAAAAAGACAGAAAUGGUGAAACUCCAGUGUUCACUGGCUCUUACUACCAGGUCUCUUUCUUGCUUUUGGAGAGAAACUGAACCCUUUGUGUUUGCCUUUCGGACUGUAAUGAAUGGCCAUGGAAGAGGCCUUGCUGUAAGUGGAAACAAUGCCCUCUGCCUUGUUUGGCAUUGCCACAGGGCUGCUUACUCAACGUGAAAGCACAUUCUGUUUCAAAGUCAACAGCAGUCAAUCCUAAGCUAAAAAUUACCACUACAGAUAUUCGUCACAGAUACUAUUACACAGUAUGUAAUAUAGCGGGAAUUUCUUUUAAAUGUGACACUGUAUUGUUCUUUACUUUUUGGUAGCGUUUGUUCAAAUAAAUUAUAUUUUUUUGACAAAGUACUACCUUUUAUACAUAAUAAAUAUGUGCAAAAUUCUUAGCAAUUAAUACUGUACAAAACAGAUAUGUACUCUUUCUAUAUGUACAUUAAUGAUUCUAAAUGGCAUUAGUUAUUAUAAAAUGUAUUAUAUUGUUCUUUUCCUCUAGGAAAGAAUCAUGAAGCAGACUUAGUAAAGGAAGCUUUGCACAGAGAAACACAGGCCCUGUUAUCCAAACUGAAUCAGAUAAAGAAGCUGU